UUGACAUUUCGCUUUGUCAAAAAUCAAAAUCAACUCAAAGCGAAAGCAAAAAAGACGAAAAACUCCCCGAAGCUCGUCGAAAAAAACUCAAAUAACUCGUAGAAAAAAACCACAAUGUCCUCCUUAUUGACGAAAUUCGGAACAGGCAUCCGCCUCGCGAGCCAAUGUUCUCCAAAGAUUUUGGGAGCUGCAAGCACCGUGCGUCACUUGAACGUUCAGGAACACAUCAGUUACAGCUUGUUGAAUGAAGCGGGAAUCCCGACACCAAAAUUCGGCGUUGCAGCAUCUGGCGCGGAAGCAGAAAAGAUCGCGAAUGACUUGAAAACGAAAAAUCUCAUCUUGAAGGCUCAAGUUUUGGCAGGAGGUCGAGGCAAAGGUCAUUUCAAGAACGGAUUGAAAGGCGGCGUGCGAGUUAUUAACAAUGCUCAAGAAGCCAAAGAAAUCGCCUCAAAAAUGGUCGGUCAACUGUUAGUGACGAAACAAACAGGCGCCGGAGGUCGUAUUUGCAACAAGGUUAUGGUAGCUGAACGUAAAUUCCCUCGUCGUGAAUUCUAUUUCGCUGUGAUGAUGGAACGUGCCUUCAAUGGACCCGUUGUUAUUGCGUCGUCACAAGGCGGAGUGAAUAUCGAGGAAGUUGCUGCGGAAAACCCGGAGGCGAUUGUCUACGAGCCAAUUGACAUUGCGAAGGGAUUGACGAAAGAACAAGCUGCAAAAGUGACAAAAGCUGUUGGCUUGGACGAUCAUUUGGAUGACACGGUGAAAAUGUUACUCAACUUGUACGAUUUGUUCGUCAAGAAAGACGCCCUUUUGGUAGAAAUUAACCCGUAUGCUGAGGAUGCUAACGAAACACAGGGAACGCAGUACUUUGCGUUGGAUGCAAAGAUGCGUUUUGACGACAACGCCGAGUUCAGACAAAAGGAUCUCUUUGCGUUGCGUGAUUGGUCUCAGGAGAAUAUGCAAGAAGUUGAGGCAGCGAAAUUCGAUCUUAACUACAUCGCGUUAGAUGGAUCCAUUGGAUGCAUGGUUAAUGGCGCAGGUUUGGCUAUGGCUACCAUGGACAUCAUCAAAUUGCACGGAGGAGAUCCAGCAAACUUCUUGGAUGUUGGCGGCGGCGCAACAGUUGAUGCUGUACGCGAAGCAUUUAAAAUCAUUACUGCUGAUCCCAAAGUGCACGCUAUUUUGGUCAACAUUUUCGGAGGUAUUAUGCGUUGCGACGUCAUUGCCGAAGGUAUUAUUGCCGCAGCGAAAGAGCUCAACAUCAAGAUGCCUAUCAUCGUUCGACUUCAAGGCACCAACGUCAACGAAGCCAAGGAACUUAUCAAGAAAUCCGAGUUACGAAUCUUACCGAAAGACGAUUUAGAUGAAGCUGCCAUGUUAUCCGUUCACUUGGCGCAAAUUGUUCACCUCGCUCGCGAAGCUCGUUUGGAUGUUAGCUUCGAAAUUCCCCCAGAAUACCAUAUCUAAGUGGUUUCUGUAAGGUCGUAAAUCUAAAUAAUAACAAAAUUUAUUUAUUGUCUACACACUUUUUGAUUCUACAAAGUAUGAAUUUGAAUUGUUUUGUGUUCGAAAUUAAAUUAUUAAACUUAAAAAAAAACAAACUUCUGGAUGUAAAAAAUAAAAAGUUAACUUUUUCAUACUCACAAAGUUCAAAAAUAAAAGUAAAUAAAUUGCACCAACAGAUGUGUCGAUGUUCCCAUGAUCAAAAAAAAAUAUUUUAAACAAAAAAAUUAAGAAUAAAAAAAUAAAUAGCUUGACUCCGUAACAAAAAUUAAAAAAUAAUGAAGGAAAAAUGUAUUAAUAGCAAAAUUAUGCAAAAUAAAUAAAGAAAUCUUGUUUUAAUCGCA